AUGGCUCACCGCUCAUCUAUUGGAGUGGUUCAGGCGUCGUUGGCUCUGGACUGGCUGGUGAGGGAGGUGGUGGUGGUAGAUCCCCAGGUGCAGCAGUCUCCCCCAUGGAAGAGCCAGUCUGUCAGUUUACCCCCUGUGGGCCGCCUCCUCAUCGAGUUUGCCUCCCAGAUGACGAUGGAACGGGUGCAGAAGGAGAACCCCAAUGUGACGGAAGGGGGCAAGUACACCCCACCGGACUGCCGCACUAAGCAGAAGGUGGCUAUCAUUAUCCCGUUCAGACACAGAGACAACCACCUCAAGUACUGGCUGCACUACCUGCACCCCAUCCUACGACGGCAGAAGAUCGACUAUGGCAUCUAUAUCAUAACCCAGCUUGGUGAGGAAACCUUCAACAGAGCCAAGCUCCUGAACGUGGGCUACACUGAGGCCCUGAAGGAUGCAGAGUAUGACUGCUUCAUCUUCAGCGAUGUGGACCUCAUCCCUAUGGACGACCGUAACCUCUACCACUGUUACGACCAACCACGACACUUUGCCAUCGCUAUGGACAAGUUUGGCUUCAGGCUUCCUUACGCGGGGUACUUUGGCGGGGUUUCUGGGCUGAGCAAAAAACAGUUUCUCAAGAUCAAUGGCUUCCCCAACGAGUACUGGGGCUGGGGAGGAGAGGAUGACGAUAUCUAUAACAGGAUCACCCUCAAUGGGAUGAAGGUGGUUCGACCGGACGUACGGAUUGGCCGCUACAGGAUGAUCAAACACGAAAGAGACAAGCACAAUGAACCCAACCCACAAAGAUUCAACAAGAUCCAGAACACCAAGAACACUAUGAAGAGAGAUGGGAUCAGCACGUUAACGUACCGCGUGGUCCAGUUUAAGAAAUACCCUCUCUACACCAACAUCUCUGUGGAGAUCGGCAAACCUCCGCCCCGGCCUUUCAGGGGAUAGACAGAUCGAGAGACCCGGCCUUGACAUGGAGAGGGAGGGAGAUGGGGCAGAGAACGGUAAUGCACAGCAGAGAGCCUCCAUCUCUGCCCCCACCUCUACCUCCCUCAGCCCGAGCCAGACCCAGAUUCCCCCCCAUCGACAUGGGCUAGGAGCCCUCCCAGACCCCUCACAGCCCACUCUGAGUGGGGAUACAUAGCCAUUGCAGUCCAACACUGCCCACAGCUCAACGGUUACGGCAGGCCCCCAACCUGGGACGCUGACUCUGGGGGGACUAAUCAGAACAUACUAUAUCGGCACAAAAUGAAUGUGUACUGUCUGUGCCUGCAUCUAACGCAGGCUUUCUCCAUUUCCCAUGUCUCUGCCGUUGAGAAAUGGUUCUGGAGCAGAGCGACAUUGUGCACCAACUCCGGUCUCUCUUUGGUCUCUUUCUUUAUGUGGAUGGAAACAAGUUUGAGAGACAUACAGUGAAUAAAGACCUCCUGGUUGUGGAUGGGUAUGACUAUCUAAGGAACUGGUUUUGACCUGUUUGUGGAGAAGAGAGGUCCAGUAAAUAGAACAGAAGAUGAACUUCUGGCAUGGUUCUGACAGGUGAUCAUCAGACGUGUUCUGACGUGUUCUCACUCAUAGAGGUUAUAGUAGAUAGUGAUGGGAGUGUAAACCUUUGCUGUUUGACAAUGGAUUCAAUACAGUUUUAGAAGAGGAUCAUCUCUUGCUCAAAAUACAAGACUCUACUAAAUGUUUUCUUUUUAGUUUCAAAAUAAAAUUAUAAGGCAUUGAUAACCUAGUGGUGGAAAUUGUGAAUACUGUUGAUAAGGAGAGUCUAGUAUGGUGAAUAUUUGCAUUGUAGCAUUCAUUCCAUCCAUUCAAAGGCAGAAGCACACUGCACUGAGGUGAUAAGAACAGAACGGAAGUUAGUUAUUUCCUCAGGGUGGAUUCCCCUAGAUUAAAUGGAAAACUAGCCCACAUACAGUAAGAAAAUAUCAAAUAUCAUAUUACUAUUAACACUACCAGUGUAUGAAAGCCUUUUAACAUCUGAAGUAAGUAAGCUUUUUCUUCUCUCACUCUCUUCUCCUUUUUUUGUACUGCCUAAACACCAAACUGAUGCCUUCAGAAUUUUUAUGAGGGCCAAUGAUAAGGAAUGCUGCAUUCUGGGAUUUUUAAAAACAACAUUCCUGUUGUGUGAAGUGACGUGGAAAUCUUUUUGUACUAUCAAUGGUUUUCUUGACCAGGCUUGAGUCAGUGAGUAUUUACCCGUUUCCCUUCUGUUUAUUUUUAAGAGCCUUUUAAAGUUUGAGUGCAUUUCCCUUUUUUUUCUCGACAACACUCUCCACUGCCUUUUAUUCCUCUCUCUGGCUCUUCCAUACUUCUCUCUUUGUGCCGUGUGUCUGUGUGAACACCACAAUGUUUUUCUGUACUUGGCCGUCUGAUGAAUACACAGACAGCUGAGUCUGAAGCACACUGCUCCUCUAUAGAAAUAUCAGGAGGACAUCAACAAUCCUUUCUCUCUCUCAUUUCUCUCUUCUCUCUCUCAUUCUGCUGCCUUUUCAUUUUGGAGUGCGUUACUACUGGUGUGAGUUGCUGUGCCCUUGGAAAAGAGAGCACCUCGCAAAGUGAAUACUCUACUCCCCAUUCUACACUGGAGACCGAUGUCCUUUUACGCUACUCUAUUUAUCUGUAACUGUCAAAUGGAUUUACUGUGUAUGUACUGCUCCCUGAUAGCUGUGGACCACAGGAUUUUGAAUUUCACAUAUUCCUGCCUAUGGUCCCAGUAUAGUAUGAUUCAUCAGGCUGCCAAGCUUCUACUUUUAUGUUCCAUGCUGAGGGAAUAAUUCUCCAAAAGGCUAAAUAUACUACUUGGAACUUUGGGAAGGAGCUUUUAUAUAUAGCUAGCAUCAUCAUUACCUAAAACCUGUUUAACAGAACGAGCUCACUACUGAUGUAGCACACAACCCUGAAAAUGCUUGGUACUAAAAUUUUAUUCACUGGUUUCAUUAAAUGAAAUAAUUUGGGGGGUUUUCUGCUGAUGAUGGCUUUUUAUCAUAACUCCAGUCAAAGAUCUUACUGUACAAUUGGUGGAUAUUUGGUUUUCUGUACAGUAGACUACAGGAUGUGAUUUGUGUACAUAUCAGACUUGUAGACUCACUCAACAGCUAGUAGUGAUCAUUACAGGUGCAUGGACAGGCAUUAUCAUGUAAUUUGUGUUGUUAACAGAGGAAAACAUAUAAUAGAACUCAGUCUGUUCUGUUGACUUGAUAUCUAUAUAGAGAUCAUGACCCAAGUAGGCUACUACAGGAAUAAUAAAUCCUAUUGGUUCUAUUAUAUCAAUCUAAUCAUGAAUCAUAUUGGUAUAUCCAUGAUAUUAUCUUAUUUGGCCUAUAGGCUGUAUUCUGCCCCACUACCCCACACAUAGUGACUGUGGUAUAACAUUGUAGGUACUGUAUAAUACAGAUUUAAUAUGAUGCGUAUUGACAGGGGGACCUUUCAGCAUAAGCUUAGAGACAUCCUUCCCAGGACUGUCUCUCUCUCUCUCACAACUCGCCAGCUUUGAAUCAGUGAUAAAGCACCACUCCUUGUCUGUGUCCCAAAUGGCACCCGAUUCCCUACAUAGUGCACUACGGGGCUCCUAUGAGCCCUGGUCAAAAGUAGUGCACUAUAUAGGCAAUAGGGUGCCAUUUGGGACACACCCCUCUGUUCCCACCCUCCCCGCAGUCAACUAUUAUUAUCUUCAGUUUGUCCUGGUAAUGUAUAAUUGCGGGGCAUCAGCUUUUUUCGUUGACCAUGUUUUUGAUGCAGCCUUAAGUAGGAAAAGCUGGAAGGUGGAAUGCUAAUGUGCUGUCCACCCUUUGGAGUGUGUCUGAAGUUCUCUCUUCAUCCAUCUCCUGUUGGCAGACAUUGCACAGCAUCCUACUUCUUAUACGUUUCAACCAAAGGCUCAUUGAGCAAUCUUUUCCCUCAUUGUCAGAGUUUAAAGGAAGUGGUGGGUAACUGAAAGAGGAACAUGAUAGGGUGAGGGCAUUGGAGAACAACAUCAACUACUGACUGCCUCGGGCCUUCAAGCCUGAGUGCAUUUUUAAAGAUUCACUGUAUCUAUCUAGGUUUUGUACAUUGAAUGUUGAAAAUGUUAUAUCUUAUAUAGAAUGCAUAAUGUCAUAUCAAACCUACUUUUUCUAUACAAUCAAUAAAUCUGA